AUGGCGAAUCCUACUAACCUAAAGCUCAAGGAACCAGUGGUAGAAGACUAUGGAUCUUCUCUGGAAGAAGCAUUCAGGAGAGGCAAGAGGGAAACCACAACGCAUCACCGGGCAAUUCUUUACAUGUGCAAGGAGCAUACUACUGCUCUCGAGGAAUACUAUGAAGCGAGGAUUAGGGUGGAAGAAAUCAAGGCCAAGCUCGAGAUUCUGAAGACAGUGGAGAAAGUAUUUGGUGUGAUAGAAGAGAAGCAGACACUUGAAGCCGAGCUGCUUUUUGCAAAGAAAAGCCUCAAGGCUAUCCAUGUUCCAGAACUCAACUGGUUCAAGUUGGGUGAAGGUUGGAUGUAUGACUAA